CAGAUCCUGAGUGUAACAUGUGAUAAUACCUUGAACAACAACAUCAUGGUUGGUGGGCUCGAGGACUUGCUUCCUGGCUUUGGGGGGGCAGCGAGUCACACAUGGUGCUUCUUGCACACCGUAAAUCUGAUCGCCAAGUCCCUGCUUUGUGAGUUCGAU